AUGGAUAUCUGGCGAAGAGCUCGGAGCUUCGCGGAGGAAGCCGCAAAGCAAUCACAGGAGCUGACGCAGGGAAUCACCUCGGUUAACCUGUCCGACGUCGUUUCGGAGGCGUCAAAGCGAUCCAAGGAGUUAGCCGCCGAGGCGUCGAAGAAGUCGAUGGAGCUAGCCAAUGAGGCGAUGAAGCGCGCCGAUCAGAUCACGGCUCAGCUUCCGCCGUCAGCCGUUGCGGCGCUGAAUAAUCUUGUGGACUCAUCUGAAAAGGGCAACGAGGCUGAUCUGGAGAAGUUUGGGGUGACUGAUGAUUUGAGGGAGUUUGCCAAGGGUAUCACUAUUAGUACUUUUCAGGAAUUCCCGCUCGAAGACGACUCAGAGAUGUCUGAUGGUGCUAUGGUUUCAAAUGUCCGUCAGGAUCUCAAUGAAUGGCAAGAAAAGCAUGCGAAGCUUGUUCUCUCAACUGUGAAGGAAAUCUCAAAGCUAAGGUAUGAGUUAUGCCCCAGAGUGAUGAAGGAGAGGAAGUUCUGGAGGAUCUACUUUAUUCUGGUUAGCAGUCAUGUGGCACCGUAUGAAAAGAAGUAUAUGGAGGAUGUAAAGCAAAAACACGUUGAAAAGAUUAAAGAUUCUGAGGUGAAGGAAAUUUCAUCGGGUGUAACAUCUCCUAAAAUGGCAGUUGAGGAUUCAAACCAGAAAAGCACUAAAGCGAAGUCAUCAGCAUCUGAGNGUCACAAAACUGUAACUCACUCAGGUUCCAACCUAGUCACUAUGUCUGCAAGUUUGAUGACAGGGAAGAUGGAUUUGAAGAUGAUUUUGACAAGAUAUAGCUUGUCUGUUCGAUGA